AUGACUCAGGCUGCCAAUGCUAUGGUACUCGAUAACCGUAAUCCCGAGAAGACACGGAAUGGUGAUAUUGAUGGGUCAAGAGCAUGGGCAAGCGAGAAUCACCCGGCAAACAUCAGCCCAGAGCUUCGCUCAUCCUUGAACCGUGUGUUGGAGGAAUUAGAAGCAGGGACUGGUCUCUUCGCCCAUUCUUGCUCACUUGAUUGCUUCUUUGGCCCUGGAACCGUAGCAGCCGCACGGAGGGGCUGCGAGGCCAUUGCCCACAGCUAUUAUCAGGGAAAUCCUCUGAGCAUCGCUCAUGUGGACAAAAAAGCAAAUGCGAUGCGAUUUAUCGCCCAUCGGUGUCCGGGUCAUGUCUUCAAUCCUGCAUCAAGCUUGCUUGCCACUGCAUGCGAUGAACAAACAGCUCUCUGCUGCUCGAUCGUGACAUCUGCUUGGCAGGAACCCGAAAAAGCAGUGGGCUCCGCUAUGAUUUCUCAUGUGGCAGUUUCUGAUGAUUACCAUGCCUUUACCACUGGAGAAUACGAGACAAGGAUACGCAUGAUCGCACUUUUCGCGGGUGUAGCUUACGAAACUGGUGGCCAGGCAGUGAACGUAAUAGCCGACGGAGCUGCACUACAAGCAGUUGGAACAGGAGACGAGCUGACGGUGAAUGCGGUGAUGGCCUGGAGGGCUGUCGGAGGUUGCACAACGCCGUACAGCAGCUACCUGUGGGGCCAGGGGUCUCUUGAGGAAGGGCUUGUUUCACCGCAAUUGAUUAUGGCGAUGCACGACCUCUUAGAUUGGAGAAGUGAUACAGCUGCCCAAAACCAUGAGAAUGGUGUUUCUGCUGUAUAUGGACUUGGCUUUGAGAAUGCCUUUCACACCUACCUUGAGGCGAGUUUGCGUCGAGCGAGCGCAGAGCCGCGUUCCGGGGUGCAUGCAAUGGCCGGCCUUCGGUGGGAGCCAAAGCCUCCACCAAGCAGCUUUAGUGCGGGUGAGGAGUUUCGCCAGCUCAGUAAACGAGUGGUGGAUACAUUUGAGAAGCAUUCACUAGCCCAGAUCGGCCUAAGCUGGCUUCAAUACCUCAUUGUCUCUGGCGAUAUAUGGCUGUUUGACGUCCUUUCCUCGAUUUGUCCUUUGGAUUCGGACGCAGACUGGGUAUGA